AUGCCUUCAUUGAAAGAAGAAGUAUCUUUUGAGAAUAGAGUUGCAGAGACUCAUAAAAUACGUUCGAAAUAUCCUAAUCGUAUACCUGUAGUAUGUGAAAGAGCUAAUAGAUCUAAUUUACCAAUAAUUGAGAAAAAGAAGUUUCUAGUACCUAUGAAUAUGUUAGUUGGAGAAUUUAAAUUUAUAUUACAUCAACAUAUAAAUCAAAGUGCAUAUGGAAAUAACAUGAAGUUAUUUAGAGAGAGAACUAUAUAUUUAUUUGUAAAUAAUAUAGUGCCUAAAACAGGAUUAUUAAUGCAAGAUCUAUAUGAAAUGUAUAAAGAUGAAGAUGGAUAUUUAUAUAUGGAAUAUAGUUGUGAAAGUUGUCUAGGAUAA